CUGUAGUUGGUCAAACCCGGUGAGAGUACUGAGCGUGCGUGGUCCUGAAUGCUGGCUAGGUUACAAGAGUUAUUGUAUGUGGCUAUUUUUAUGUGAUACGCAAAAUGGCUACAAGCCUUUGCUAAAUCGUACGUCGUAUGUGGACAGUGGAACGUAGAUACCGCAAGAACAUAAUUUAACGUUUUGCAGCUCGUCACAAGAAAAGACGUUGCGUUUUGUGUAAAUGUAUUCGUCACAGUAUCGCUAAAAACGUAACUGCUUGCUAUACUAGUAGUAUUCAGCUAGCUUGAUGCCUACCUAUCCUGUCGUAUUAUAAAGGUUGUAAAUACAUGGACAGUUCGUCGCCAAGUGUGAGUUAAUUUAAUUUAUGUAUCUAUUUGGUCUGUAAAAUCAACACAAAUUAACACAUUAUUGUAUCGACAAAUUGUUGAGUAAACUACUGCGUUUGGUUGCUAGCUAAGUUCUUAGGCUAACCAACCACAUUACUACAGUACUCUUGACAGCCAGCAGCUAGCUGGUUAGCUACAGUGAUGACACCCACGUCCUCGGCCUCGCUUUUAGAGUGACAGUUAUGGAAGUUAAAUAACGGUUUAGGUUCUGACCAAAUUCUAUUUCAAUCGAUUAUUAUAUAUCAAAAUGGCAGCCAGCGGUUUCUCCGACCUACGGGAGAAACUAAAGUCCAUGACGCCUCAUCGGGACGAUUACAAAAACAAAAACAGAGUUGACGAGAGUAACCGAAAUAAAAAAGUUGUCCACGGGGGCAGCAGCAAUGGUAACGGCCGAAAACGGAAGCACCGGGAGUCCUCCGAGGACGAGUUUGAGUACAGCGACCCAGUGGAGUUUCGUGAGCAGGAGGCACGGCGUGUCCAGAGUGGCAUUGUUCAAGUGGAGGUGUUCUCUCAGGAGGAGUGUGACAUAAUUGAGAGGAAGAUUGACGAGGUUGUCUCUGAUGCAGAGGCGGGGCUUUACCGGGAACACACCGUAGACCGGGCACCGCUACGCAACAAAUAUUUCUUCGGAGAGGGCUACACAUAUGGGGCCCAGUUAGAGAAGAGAGGACCGGGUCAAGAGAGAUUGUAUCGUAAAGGAGAAGUGGAUGACAUCCCUGCCUGGGUUCAUGACCUGGUCAUCACUAAGCUGGUUGCCAGUGGAGUCAUACCUGAAGGUUUUGUGAAUUCAGCGGUGAUCAACGACUACCAACCAGGCGGCUGCAUCGUGUCACAUGUUGACCCGCUCCACAUUUUUGCCCGACCAAUCGUAUCAGUCUCCUUCUUCUCUGACUCCGCCCUCUGCUUUGGCUGCCGCUUCCAGUUUAAACCAAUCAGAGUGUCCGAGCCUGUCCUGGUGCUCCCUGUCAAGAGAGGAAGUGUUACUGUACUUAGUGGCUAUGCGGCUGAUGACAUCACCCACUGUAUCCGCCCCCAGGAUAUCAAGGAAAGACGAGCCGUCAUUAUUCUCAGGAAGACCAGGCCCGAUGCCCCCCGUGUUGACCAGAGCCCCUCGCCCCCAGAAAGACCUUCUCCUCUGAAGGCCAAACGCGCUCACCGCAGAGCUGACCCGGACGCGGCUCACAGACCGAGGGUUCUGGAGAUGGAUAAGGAGGAGAAUCGUCGCUCCUCUUCAUCCCGCCCACAUCGCCGUAACAACAGCUCAGAGAACUACUGGAGGCGGAGCCAAGACAGUGAGGGAUCUCGCAAGGUCAAGAUGAGACGUCACUGAACACACACCUGGCGGGCUGUGUGGUGUAACUCCCCUGCAUGCUAGGACAGAAGGCUUUUAGCAAAGCAGCAGACUGGCGGGAAUUCUGUCAGCCAAUCAGAAGAUGGUCAGUAAGGUUGUCGGCCAGUGACAGACCAGACUGAGGAAAGGGGUUGGGGUUACAGUAACACUGCUGGAAAUGUUGAUGUUGCCAUGCUGACCAGACCUGCUCCUCCACUCUCCUCCCUCCAUAACCCCUCCCACCCCUAACCCCUCCCACCCCUAACCCCUCCCACCCCUAACCCCUCCCACCAUAACCUAGUCAUUCUCUCCUGGAUUUAUUUUCUGUUGUCUCUUUCCCUCUCUUUCCUCCCUAUGUGUUAAGGUAUCACUCAGGCUAGCAGCUGAUAUGACUUUAACAAUGACUGUUCAAUGUAGUCAUAAUGUUUUAUUUUUGUUUAUAUUUUAUAGUAAUAAUAAUAUUAGUUUGGCUGUGGUACAUAUGGACAGAAAGGUGAAAAGAACACCUGACUAGGUCAACUUAACAGACAGAAAGGCCAUGAAUAAAACACACUCUUUGCGCAACAUGUCAAAGACAUGUUGAAUCUACCUUGCAUAUUUCUAUCUGAACUUUCUACGUUUCUAUGUUUGUGUUCUGCUGAAAUCACGGCAACCCUGACCUGCCCCCACCACAUAGACGCACACACACUUGCAUAUUUUAGAAAACAUUUAUAUCCUUCACUGACAGCGCAAAUGGUACCUCUCACAUCUGCAGUACAAUACAUCCCAUCUGCAGUACAAUACAUCCCAUCUGCAGUACAAUACAUCCCAUCUGCAGUACAAUACAUCCCAUCUGCAGUACAAUACAUCCCAGAGGGUCAGAUGUGGAGCGGCCCGUUAAUGCACUGGAAUAUGGACACUGGUGGCUGUUUGUUAUUGGCCGACUUCCUGGUUUGUGCGUCAAAGAGACGUGAUCAUGUCAUCAUGAUACCAUGAUGAUGCCUUGUAUGAAAUAUUGUUGUAAUAAGAUGUACAGUUUAAAUCUGUUUAAAGAAUAUGUUGUGAACUGAAGAAAGAAUUUGGAUGACUGUCUGGUUGGUUGGCUGGUCAGCUGACUGUUCUACAGAGGAACCGUGAACAUGUCCUGUUGGAACCCUGUUCUCUGUAAAGCACUGCGUUUCACCAUGCCCUCAAGGUGGCUGGUCAACUGCAGACCUGUGUGUUCUAGGGCUGUCAGGACGCAGAUUAGAUGUGUUCAGUUAAACCCUGUUGCAACGUGAUGUCAGAGAGGCUGGAUUCAUUUCUAAAGAACAUCUGUGGGCUGAUAUUAUAGAAUUAUAAUGUCAGGAUGUAGUAUGUUUCAACUGUAAAAAACUGAUGCUUUCAUUUAAAAUCUCUUCCUUCCUAAA